AUGCAGUCAAUCCCCAGAGAAAUCGCUGCGACAGCAACGAUUUCAUGCCACCCUGCCACGUGUACACAGCCAUACAGCUGUACCAACUGUACAGUAGUGCCUGGGAACGAGGCCGCUCCCUUCAACCGCUACAGUGCGACUCAACGCCUGCAUUCCGUCAACCGACCUUUUUGUUUCUCAGCUGUCGUGGCAUAUCUUCCUAUCUACCACCUCCAGCAGACUAAGUCGUCAUGGCAGACCUUGGGCAGCAAUUUGGUGAGAACACCAUUGAUGAACCAGUGUCAGAAACUGUUUUUCGCGACCUCAGACUUGUUGGUCGGCGACUAG